CACAAUUGCAAUAGUCACAACAAGUAUGGCAAUGAAAUUUAACCUAGUUUUGGGUUUCUGCCUUUUGGCAGUGGCCUUGUGUUCCGGUGAACGUGCCCGUUACGACAACUAUCGUGUGUACCAAACUACCGCUUCCAGUCCUGCUGAAUUAGAGGUCCUUAAGGAUUUGGAAGGUGCCAGUGAUUCGAUUAUGUUCUUGGAUGGUAUUCAUCACAUCAACAAUCCCAUCAAUGUUGUUGUUGCUCCCCAUAAGGCCCCUGACUUUUUGGAAAUUUUGGGUGCCAAUGAAAUUGACUAUCAAUUGGUUGAAACUAACUUGCAGAGCCAAUUGGAAGGAGAUGAGGAACAAGUUGCCAAACCAAAUCCCAAUGCUCGUUCCGUUGACUAUAACUGGAAUCAAUAUUAUCAAUUGGAUGACACUUACAAAUGGUUGCAACAAUUGGCCGUUCAAUAUCCCGGUGUUGUGACUUUGGUUGAAGGCGGUAAAACUUACCAAGGACGUUCCAUUUUGGGUGUUAAAAUCUCCAAGGGUCAAACUGCCAAGCCUGGUAUUUUUGUGGAAGCUGGUAUCCAUGCUCGUGAAUGGAUUGCUCCCGCCACUGCCACUUACUUGAUUAAUCAAUUGUUGACCUCGAAUGUCCAAAGUGUACGCAACAUUGCCGACAACUAUGACUGGUACAUUUUCCCCCAUGCCAAUCCCGAUGGUUAUGUCUACACUCAUACCACCGAUCGUAUGUGGCGCAAGACUCGUACUCCCUAUGGCAGCUGCUUUGGAGCUGAUCCCAAUCGUAACUGGGGCUUUGCAUGGAACACUGUUGGUGCCAGUAACAACGCUUGCUCUGAUACCUAUGCCGGUCCAUCUGCAUUCUCUGAAAUUGAAACGCGCUCCUUGUCUCAAUACAUCGCCUCGUUGAAGGGCAAAAUCUCCUUGUACAUCUCGUUCCAUGCCUAUUCGCAAUACUUGUUGUACCCCUAUGGCAAUACUGGUGCCUUGCCAGCCAAUGUUAAGGAUUUGAAACAGGUGUUUGAUGUCAGUGUUGCUGCCAUGAACAAGCGUUAUGGUACUAAAUAUACUGGUGGUAAUAUCUAUGAUGCCAUCUACCCGGCUUCUGGUGCAAGUGUCGACUGGGCCUAUGAAGUUGUCGGUACCAAAAUGUCAUUCUGCUAUGAAUUGCGUCCAUCUUCGAACUCCGUAUUGACUGGUUUCAAAUUGCCUGCUUCGCAAAUUAUUCCAACUGGUGAAGAGACCAUGGAUUCAAUUACUGCCAUGGUUCAAGAAGUUCAAAAGUUGGGCUAUUUCAAUAAAUAG